AUGCCUCAGUUCCCCGAAGGGGAGUGGGCCAAUGUUCUCACCGGAAGAGCGGUCAACCUUGACCAUGUGUUUAGUGGACGCUACUCAACAGUUCAGGAGGAGAAACACAGGCAGAAGGUGGGGGAGUAUGAGAUCACGCACCAGAAUAUCACACCGGCGAAGCGAGUCCAGUCUGUCGGAGAUUGGGUCAUCGCCUGGGAUAUGGCCACUACAGCCACCUGCUAUGCUUUCCAGCAUCGACAAACUGAACUCGCUGAAUAUGGCAAAUACAUCAUGCAGCUUUUGGCAGCCACUGCCGACGAGUUCUGGGACCGAAUCCUCGACUAUGAUCGGGCAAUAUGCAUGAGAGUUGGAGAACACCGAAACCUACGACUCAUGGAUUUCGACCAAUUCAUUGACCUCAAGCACCAGUUCCUUGACUAUGCCGGGGCUGGAACAGGUGCAGCGCUCCGAAGCCGUGGUGGAGGAGCAUGGACUGCAGGCCCUGUGAGAUGCCAUUCGACAGAGCUGUGUCGCUGA